GAAAGAUUUCCUAAAAUUUCGUUUUAAAAUUCCCGACCAACUCCCUUCUUCCGCCUAUACCCAACUCCUCCAGUCCCUUAAUUGCCUUCAACUUUCCGACAGACCAAAGCAGUAAAUUAUAUAAGGGAGAACAUUGUAAAGCACAGGAGCUUUAGUCUAGAACCGCCAUUUUCCCGGUAAAUGAGCUGCUUUCAUUCUAAAGUAACAAGACACGAAGAUCUUAUUGAACUCGCUUCUCAAACUGCCUUUACUGUUACUGAAGUUGAAGCACUCUUUGAGCUAUUCAAGAGCAUAAGCAGUUCUGUGAUCGAUGAUGGGCUGAUUAACAAGGAAGAGUUUCAAUUAGCCCUGUUUAUGAAUAAGAAGAAGGAAAACAUUUUUGCAAAUCGGAUCUUUGAUUUGUUUGAUGCCAAGAAGAAGGGAGUCAUUGAUUUUGGUGACUUUGUUCGAGCACUCAACAUCUUCCAUCCAAACGCUUCCCAAGAGGACAAGACUGAUUUUGCAUUUAAACUUUAUGACAUGGAUGGAACGGGUUUUAUUGAGCGUAAUGAGGUCAAGCUAAUGCUGAUUGCUCUUUUAUGUGAAUCUGAAAUGAAGUUGGGCGAUGAAAUCAUUGAGGCUAUUCUUGAUAAGACGUUAUUGGAUGCCGACAUUAAUCAGGAUGGGAAGAUAGAUAUAUUAGAAUGGCAAAACUUGGUUGCCCGUAAUCCAUCGUUGUUGAAAAUCAUGACUCUCCCCUACUUGAGGGACAUAACAACAGCAUUUCCAAGCUUUGUUUUUAAUUUCAAAGUAGACGAGGUUGCUGCGUGAUUAGGGAGUUUGUUCAUAGAGUCGAAAGACAGUUGUUUGCAGGAUUUGUUUGUGACAUUGAGCUUCUCUAUGUGAACAAAGUUUGUGGCUAAAAGCCCUAAAUAUGGUUAGGAUUGGUUAGUGGUAUACUGAAUUUGCAUAGGCAUUCAAGUUGACCCAUUCGGGUCUUCUCCAUUUGUAAUCAAAUAAUUUUUCUAGUGGGAAAUAUGAGUUGGGAGUUAGAUUUUAGUGUUU